AUGAAGUCGUGGGGGGAAACGUUAUGGCGGAGUGCCUCCUCUCACUUCUACCGAGUGGGCAGACUGCGGCGAGCUCUGCUGCUGUUGGCUGCCGCUGCCUGUACUGCUGCUGGCCUUCUGUAUUGGAGACAACAGACAGACGACUCCGCUAGGCGACCGCUACACUUGUACGCUGGUGUGGAGCCACAAUGGUCUUGGGUGUGUCGGAACGAUCGUUGUGAGCGGCUCCUAGCCUCAGAGACUUCUAUACUACAAUCUCUUCCUACGUGUAACAUGCUCUGCGCGUCCACUCAGCUAUGGCCGCAGCCGACCGGGCCCGUCAGUCUCGCUACAGCAACAGUUCAUGUCAGAUCCAGCGGCUUCACACUACAAGUCAUAUCCUCUCCAUCAAGAGAAGUGACAGAGAACCUCAACGAUGCCUUCCAAUUGAUGCGAGAAGACUUAAAAAUUCUGGAGAAAAACGCGGGCGUUGAGAACAGAAGAUCAGAUAGUGGAAAUCCUCGCGACGUUGUUGUGAGGGUCGCUGUGAACGGCAGCGCUGACCCACGCAUGAGACAAGACACAGAUGAGAGCUACAAGCUGUCCCUCAGACCGUCAGGGAAGUCCCUCGUCGCUGAUAUAACAGCGCAUUCCUUCUGCGGAGCUCGACACGGCUUUGAAACUCUGUCCCAGCUAGUGUGGUUGGAUCCUUACGCUGAAUCUCUAUUAAUACUCGAAGCUGCCACCGUGGAUGACGCUCCUCGGUUUAGAUAUCGUGGUUUAUUACUGGAUACGGCCAGGAACUUCUUCCCCGUAACGGACUUAUUGCGUACCAUCGAUGCUAUGGGAGCGUGCAAGUUGAACACGUUCCACUGGCACGUGAGUGACUCGCAGUCCUUUCCUUUGAGACUGAACAGCGCUCCUCAGCUGGCUCAGCAUGGAGCCUAUGGUCCCGGUGCUAUAUACACGACUGACGAUGUAAGGGCCAUAGUACGCCGAGCGAGGUUAAGAGGAAUACGUGUCUUAAUAGAAGUAGAUGCGCCCGCUCAUGUCGGACGAGCGUGGUCGUGGGGCCCUCCCGCGGGCCUGGGACACUUAGCACAUUGUGUUGAAGUAGAACCUUGGAGUACUUACUGCGGUGAACCGCCUUGUGGGCAGUUAAACCCAAGAAAUCCACACGUUUACACACUUCUUGAACAGAUUUAUGCCGAAAUUAUUCAACUGACCGAAGUGGACGAUAUCUUCCAUUUAGGCGGAGACGAGGUCUCAGAGCGGUGCUGGACUCAACACUUUAACGACACCGAUCCCAUGGACUUAUGGCUCGAGUUCACUCGCCGCGCCAUGUCCGCGCUCGAGCGUGCUAAUGGCGGUAAACUACCAGAUCUAACGUUACUGUGGUCUUCAAGACUAACUCACACACCAUACCUGGAACGUCUAGAUAAGAAACGAACCGGCGUGCAGGUGUGGGGCUCCUCCCGCUGGCCGGAGUCUCGCGCGGUGCUGGACGCGGGCUACAGAACGAUCAUAUCACACGUGGACGCGUGGUACUUGGACUGCGGCUUUGGAUCCUGGCGGGACAGCUCCGACGGUCACUGCGGGCCUUACCGGUCGUGGCAGCAGAUAUACGAGCACAGACCGUGGAUAGAGGAGAUGCCGGCCAUGUCCGCCGGGGUCGAGCCGUGGCAGGUGGAGGGAGGAGCGACGUGUCAGUGGACGGAGCAGCUCGGCGCGGGCGGGCUGGACGCGAGGGUGUGGCCGAGGACCGCGGCCGUCGCGGAGCGGCUCUGGUCCGACCGGGCAGAGGGCGCCACCGCUGAUGUAUACUUACGACUCGACACACAACGAUCACGACUCCUCGAUAAAGGCAUACAGGCCGCGCCUCUCUGGCCGCGGUGGUGCUCUCACAACCCUCACGCCUGCCUUUAG